AUGCAGUGUGCGAACAAAUGCCUGCGCGAUCCAGUCUUCUAUCGCUGCAAGACGGACACGCCCCAUCACAAGCACGGAUUCAAGUACAAGGCUUACCCAACCUACGACUUCGCCUGCCCAGUGGUCGACGCACUUGAGGGCGUCACCCAUGCUCUCCGAACGAUCGAAUACAGGGAUCGUGCCCCAAUGUACGAUUGGGUGCUCGAAGCCACUGGCUCCCGCCACGUUGAGAUGGUGGAGUUUGCAAAGACGCAGUUCUCCUACACCAUCCUAUCGAAGCGGAAGCUCACCUGGUUCGUGGACAAUGGCUACGUCGAAGGCUGGGACGACCCUCGCUUCCCCACUGUUCAGGGGGUGAUGCGCCGUGGGAUGACGGUGGAUGCACUGAAAGACUUCGUGCUGACGCAGGGCAUGUCCAAGGCGACGAACAUGAUGGAGUGGGACAAGAUCUGGGCCAUCAACAAACAGAAGAUCGACCCAAUCGUUCCUCGUUACCCUGCGGUCGCCGAGGAUGCAGCCUGGCUGAAGCUCGACGGUCCUGCACAGCCUACCUCCAAGAUGGAAAAGAAGCAUCCCAAGAAUGACGAGAUCGGCGAGAGAUUACUCAUACAUAGCAAGGACAUCUACAUUGAGCAGGAGGAUGCGCAGGCCAUCGAGACCGGCGAGCAGGUCACGCUGCUCCACUGGGGCAACGCCUUCGUGGACAAGAUCACUCGCGACAAGAGCGGCAAAGUGACAGAGCUCGUGGGAAGGCUGAAUCUGGAGGGCAAUGUCAAGGACACAAAGAAGAAGAUCCACUGGGUGCCGAAGCUUGAUGAGCAGGUCACCCACCUCGUCCUCCGUGAGUUCGACCAUCUUGUGACCAAGCCCAAGAUGGAGGACGACGACGACCUCAACGGCAUCAUCAACCCGCAGAGCGUGGUGGACACCAAGGCCAUCGGCGACCCCCUCCUCCGGGGCCUGGCCAAGGGAUCCAUGAUGCAGCUGGAGCGUCGAGGCUACUUCAUCGUGGACCGGCCCGCCUUCCAGCCGGGCCAGGGCAUGACCCCGUCAGAACCGAUGGUCCUGGUGAAGAUCCCCGAUGGCAAGAGCAAGGACAUGGGCAUGAAAUCCAAGGUGGACCCAUCGAAGCUGCAAGGCGCAGCGGGACAGAAAGGCGAGAAGCCCGAGAAGGAGGCCGCCGCAGGUGCCGCUUCCCCCAAAGUGAACGGCGAUGCCAAGGCUGGCAAAGCCGACAAGGGCGACAAAGCCGAAAAGGCCGACAAGGGCGACAAAGCCGACAAGGGUGGCAAGGCGAAGGCCAAGGCAGCCCCUGGCAAGGCCGCCGAGCGGCCGCUGGAGGACUUCUCCAGGCUCAACAUCAGGGUGGGCAAGAUCACGAAGGUUUGGCCACACCCAUCAGCCGAGAAGCUCUACUGUGAGGAGAUCGACCUCGGAGAGGGCGCCCCACGCCAGAUUGCCUCUGGCCUUCGUGCUCACUUGAAGCAGGAGGAGAUGGAGGGCCAGCUCGUGACCGUCCUGGCGAACCUCAAGCCAAGGAAGCUCGUGGGCUUCGAGUCGCAGGGCAUGGUCAUGUGCGCCACCAGCGCAGAUGGCAAGGUCGAGCUGAUGCAGCCGCCGGCGGGUGCCCAAGUCGGUGAGAGAGUUGUAGCCGAAGGUCUGGAGAUGUUGGAGGCAGAUGACAAGCUGAACGAGAAGACGGGCAAAGCGCCGUGGGAGGUGCUGAGACCAGGCUGCGUGACCAAUGGAAGCAAGCAGGGUACCUACAACGGCGCAGUGUGGAUGACUUCUGCUGGGCCAGUUACCUGCAAGUCUGUGGCCAGUGGGGCCAUCUCCUGA